UUUUCACUUCUUGUGUCAUUCGGGAGUUGAUCAGUUUAGAAAUGAAAGGCCUCGAAUUUUCUCUAGCGGUCAUUAAACCAGACGGCAUGCAGCAUAAAGAUGAAAUUAUUCGUCGCAUAACUGAUGCUGGAUUUGUCAUAGUGCAAUCCCGUUCAGUACGGCUCUCAGCAGAACAAGCGUCCGAGUUUUACCGUUCGAAGGAGUCCCAGCCGAACUAUCAUGCUUGGAUUGUGGCGCUAUCAAAUGGGCCGGUACACGCAAUGUGUGUUUCCAAGUCAAAUGCAGUGACUGAUCUGCUUAUUUUGAUUGGCCCCGAAAAGUAUCAAGAUGCUAUUAAAAUUGCUCCCUUAUCACUGCGUGCUAUGUUCGCCAAUAGCCAGUACGAGAUGCAUAAUGCAAUUCAUGGAAGCGAGAACAGAAGUAGCGCUCAUACAGAAAUAAAAUUUUUCUUCCCGACCCUGUUGGAGCCUAUUUUCAUAGAACAAAAUUUGAAAAACUAUCUGUCUUCGACGGUGAAUACCGUUCUAUUACAAGGUCUUUACGCGAUGGCGAAGGAGCGUCCAACAAGUUCAAUAAUGUGGUUGUCCAAUUGGCUGCUAAUAAACAAUCCUUAUAAACCAAAGUUAGCAUCUGGCCAAUUUGAUCCAUUAUACGAAGAUGUUACCAAAUCGGAAGAUAGGGCCAGAGUUCCCAAUACUGUUGCACGUGACCACGUUGGUGCACAGUCUCGAUGUGAUUGUAGUGAUUAUGAGGAAGAAGGUUUUUGUUCGUGUUCGUUUCCGAUCAUAAAUAAAGCGCAAUAA